AUGGGCUCAGACGCCCCCAGCCCACCCGAUUACACCUACGAUUCCGAAAAAAUCACCCGCGCCGAAAAGGUCGCUGCCGCCGAGUCCAAACCACUCGCCGACCCCGAUCCCGCCCGCCUGUCCUUUGACAGCGGCAAGGUCGACCAGACCCACCGUCUGCUCAAGUCGCGACACAUUCAGCUGAUUGGCAUCGGUGGCAGUAUCGGAACCGUUCUCUAUGUUCAAAUCGGUCAGGGCCUUCUCCAUGGCGGCCCCGGUAGCCUUUUCAUCGCCUUUAGCUUUUGGUGCACCGUUGUGCUCGCUGUCACACUCUGCAUGGCCGAAAUGGUCACCUACUUGCCCAUCUCGUCGCCCUUUAUUCGAUUCGCCGGUCGCUAUGUUGAUGAAGCAUUCGGAUUCGCCAUUGGCUGGAAUUUUUUCGUCUUCCAAGCCGCCCUCGUGCCCUUUGAGGUGACGGCCUGCAAUCUCAUCAUCAAUUUCUGGACAAAAGCAGUGCCCACCGGCGCCAUGAUUGCCAUUAUCAUUGUCCUCUACGCCGCCAUCAACGUCAUUGCCGUCAAGUGGUAUGGUGAAACCGAAUUUUGGGCUGCACUCGGCAAAGUCCUACUUAUAGUCGGCCUCGUGCUCUUCACUUUUAUCGUCAUGGUCGGCGGCAACCCCCAGCACGAUCGCUUCGGCUUCCGCUACUGGUCCAACCCUGGAUCCUUUGCUGAGCUGUACGGUUAUACUGGCAGCCUUGGUCGAUGGGUUGGCUUUUUGCAGUGUUUGAUCCAGGCUGCCUUUACCAUUGCUGGUCCCGACUACGUUUCCAUGGCCGCUGGCGAAGCUGAGAAUCCCCGCAAAGUCAUGCCCCGCGCCUUUAACGCCGUUUUUUACCGACUCACAGCCUUUUUCAUCCUCGGUUCACUCUGCGUCGGUAUCCUCGUUCCCUACAAUGACAAGAAUCUCAUCGACGCCUAUGCCAACGGCUCACCGGGAGCUGCUGCCUCGCCAUAUGUUGUCGCCAUGAAGCGCCUCGCCAUCCCCAUCCUUCCCCACAUUGUCAAUGCGACUGUUCUGACAGCUGCGUUUUCGGCUGGCAACUCGUACGUCUACUGCGCCUCGCGCUCGCUCUACGGACUGGCUCUCGACGGCAAGGCCCCGCGUAUCCUCGCCACCUGCACCAAGACGGGCGUCCCCAUCUACUGCGUUGCCGCCGUCCUCGCUUUUGCGCUGCUGUCGUUUCUGCAGCUGGGCUCGGGCGCGUCGGUCGUCCUCAACUGGUUUGUCUCGCUGGUUACGGCCUCGCAACUCAUCAAUUUCGGCGGGGUCUGCGUCUCGUAUCUGUGCUUUCGCCGUGCCAUGCACGCGCAGGGUGUCGACCCCGCCACGCUGCCGUACCGUGCCUGGUUCAUGCCCUACGCCGCCUACUAUGCGCUCUUCUGGACGGUCCUGAUGGCCUUUGUUGGCGGCUACCCCGUGUUUCUACCCGGCCGCUGGGACACGCCCGACUUUUUGUUCUCGUACAUGAUGAUCUUUGUGUUUCCGGCCCUGUACGUCGGCUACAAGGUGGUGAUGAAGACGGAGAUCCACAAGCCUGAGGAGGUGGAUCUGAUUAAGGAUUUGGCCGAGGUGGAGGAGCACGAGGCCAACUAUGUGCCCAAAAAGGCAGAGUCACGUUUCGAACGCAUUUUGGACACGCUCUUUGGGUAG